GUGCAGACCAGGAAUAUUCGAUGUCUGCCUGAUGUUCUGGUGAUCAACUGUGAGGUGAACAGCACUAAGGAGGCAGAGUUCUGGAAGGCACAGACUGAGUAUGCGUACAGCAAAGCUUUGAAGAAAGAAGCAGCUGAACCUCCCAAACCCAAAGAGCCUUUACCGACAGAAUGGUGUUUAGAGGAAGAGCUGUGCAGCGUGGAGGGCGUUACCUUCGACACGCAAGCGGAGGAUAUGAGGCACGUGUGGAUCCCUCUCAGUCUGAAGAUGUGCAUUAGUAAGACUCAGGGCCUGGAGGUCAGCAGCCUGUCUGAGGGAGAGGAG